AUGCGGGCUGCAAAAUUACAAAGCGCGAAAGAAACUGCAAUGACUGCAACACAGGAAGAACAUUCUAGGCCAGCGAGACAGGCAAAAUCUACUGCCUACGACAACAAAGUUUGGAUGACUGAAAAAAGCACACACAAGCGUCCAUCAACCAAUGUUGUUGAAUCAGACCACAUCAAACAGCCACGAGUUCAAGUUGAGACCCUAGUAAAGACUGCUGCUCCGGUAAAGGGCAAGCCACAGAAUGGUUCCCGCACCAGGACUAUGGAACAACUAUUUGACUCUGACUCUGACGUUAGAGAACCCAGUCUUGCAGAUUCCGAUGAGUUUAAAUCACCAAAGGAUGGUUCGGAGGACGAUUCAAUGUCGGAGGAUGAUCUACGUGAUUCAGAGGAUGAUCUACAGGCCCUCAAAGGUGAUUCCAAGAAACUCAAGGAAGUACUUGACUUUGAGUUUUCUGGAUCAACUCGAUUGAGAAGCCACAGCACUUCAUCGCACAAGUCCUUCACUACUAGUAGCACCAUUCAGAGCAGUGAUAUCGAGGAUAAAUCAUCGGACUUGCUGGAGUCUCCACGUCCAACAGCUGACAUGAAGACUCACCGUUAUCGUGAACGCGUGCCGAAGGAGUCCAGAAGGCUCAAAAAAACAAGUAAAUUUACUCAGAAAGCAAGCAACACGAAGCAACAGCAGAAACGGGAGCAGGAGAAACCAGCUUGGCGAACCGAGAAUGCAAGUGAUAUACCACCAGAAGAUGUUUCUGCCAUACCACAUGCAAAAUUGGCUCGAAUGCGUGAAGAGGAUUGGCCACCCAACAGCCAGAUUGUGUACAGUAAUUCGGGCAAGGUCAACCUCACAGAGCAGCAGUCCCACGUCCAGGAUAUGCUUCGAGCAUCUAUCACACGCCUUCACGAGUAUCUCAUUUUCGAGAACUCGUAUCCUGACUUAGAACAACAACGAAAGCUCACUGGGGAUAUCUUACUAGCAGCAACUGACGAACGGCCAGAGUUUGAUGCUGUGAAAUCCCGAUUGACAAAGGAUGCAAAAUAUCCUGAAGGACGGAUCAGCUAUCUCCGUCUCAAUGUCCGAAAGGCUGCAGAAGCGCACGUUGCAAGCCAUUAUGGCUUGACCAAAGGCAUGGAUGAGAAAGUUGCGGAACUCCUGAAGAACAAUGUUUUUAUCUAUCCGCUCAAUUCCAAGGGCGAACCUACUCGUAGCAAGCCAUUUCAAGCGCCUGCAAUUCUCAAUACACUUGCAGAUGGAUUCUUUAGCGAUGACACUGGCGCAGGGGUCAAAUUCCACGAUUCGCUAACAUCAAUUCUAGAAGAUCAUCCAGACGAGGUUGAGCUUCCAGUAGCCAUGGUGGCUCUUGCGGGUGCUGCGGUAUGCUCCGUCAUCAUGCGCUAUUCAUCCGAGAAAUACAACAGAGACUUCAACUCUGACCUGUAUGGUGGAAUAUACAAAACCUUGGUCAGCACGUUGAACAGUAUCUUCAAGAACAGCGAGCGCAAGUUUCAUGUACUCAUGCAUUCACUCUAUAUGACUGUCUAUGGCUCGAAGCAUAGUAAGGUGGAUCCAGACACUGACGCAACACUUAUGUUCCUCGACAUUGAUGCAAUGGCGGAGGACUAA